AAUCCCCCCUCCUUCUUCUUCCUCCCCCCAGAUCUAACACCGGAAAUGGCCGCCCCGCACUCCAACGGCGGCGCUGCCGCCGGCGCCGGCGAGGAGGAGGCCGUCGCAGUCGCAUCGGUGCCCCGCUCCCUCGCGCCGCCGCGGAAGGUGGCCCUGGUGACGGGCAUCACGGGGCAGGACGGGAGCUACCUGACGGAGCUGCUCCUCUCCAAGGGCUACGAGGUGCACGGCCUCAUCCGCCGCUCCUCCAACUUCAACACGCAGCGGCUCGACCACCUCUACCACGACCCGCACGCCACCCCUUCCGCCGCCCGCCCGCCCAUGCGCCUCCACUACGCCGACCUCUCCGACUCCUCCUCCCUCCGCCGCGCGCUCGACCACGUCCUCCCCGACGAGGUCUACAACCUCGCCGCGCAGUCCCACGUCGCCGUCUCCUUCGAGAUCCCCGACUACACCGCCGACGUCACCGCCACCGGCGCGCUCCGCCUCCUCGAGGCCGUCCGCCUCUCCGCCAAGCCCAUGCGCUACUACCAGGCCGGCUCCUCCGAGAUGUUCGGCUCCACCCCGCCGCCGCAGAGCGAGGACACGCCCUUCCACCCGCGCUCCCCCUACGCCGCCGCCAAGGUCGCCGCGCACUGGUACACCGUCAACUACCGCGAGGCCUACGGCAUCUUCGCCUGCAACGGCGUGCUCUUCAACCACGAGUCCCCCCGCCGCGGCGAGAACUUCGUCACCCGCAAGAUCACCCGUGCCGUCGGCCGCAUCAAGGUCGGCCUCCAGACCAAGGUCUUCCUCGGCAACCUCUCCGCCGCCAGGGACUGGGGUUUCGCCGGGGAUUACGUCGAGGCAAUGUGGCUCAUGCUGCAGCAGGACAAGCCUGGUGACUAUGUCGUCGCCACUGAGGAGUGCCACACCGUGGAGGAGUUCUUGCAGGCUGCCUUUGGGUACGCCGGGUUGGAUUGGAAGGAUCAUGUGGUCAUUGACAAGAAGUACUUCCGCCCCGCAGAGGUGGACUGCCUCAAGGGGGAUUCAUCCAAGUCCAGGAGAGAGCUUGGGUGGAAGCCCAAGGUUGGGUUCCAGCAGCUAGUCGAGAUGAUGGUCGAUAACGACAUUGAGCUCGCCAAGAAGGAGAAGGUCCUUGUGGAUGCAGGGUAUCGUGAUCCCAAGCAGCAGCCAUAGAAUUGAUAGCGAUAGUUUGAUUGCUGGAGUUCUGUUUGGAUUUUUCCCUAGAAGUUGAUACAGUAUUACAAUUCGAGUGUGGCUGUUGAAGUAGUGGUUGGCAAGUUAUUGUUGUUUGAGGUUUGCAAUUUCAUCCUACAAUAUCUUUGAUUACAAGUUACUAGCUUAUGCACUUCUGUCAAAUGAAUGAAUGAAUCAAUGCCAUUUUGAAGUAAAACCAUCUGCUUCCGAUUA